AACAUGUUCGCAUCAUUCACGGUAUUGAGGAGGGUAAUUCGGUUCCUUCCUUAAGCUCUUACAAACAGGCACUCGAAGCCGCAAAAAAUGUCGGCUUCGAAGUGCUCGAAAAUGAAGAUUUGUCCCCCUCCACCCUAUCCGAAUAUCAUUUACCUUGGUAUUAUACUUUGCAAGGAGGAUUCUCUUUGAGUGGAUUUAGGAUGACUCGUAUCGGAAGAUGGUUAACUCAUAAAUUUGUCUACGGACUCGAGUGUCUUCAUAUUGUUGCACCCGGUUCUACCGAGGUGGCAAGUAUACUUAACAACACAGCUGACGCCUUGAGUGAUAGUCAUUGGUUUCCAAAUUUGGAAAUUUCCAUGGAACGCGUCAUGAUGAGCGAAAAGGAGACUCUAGAGAUAGGGUUGAUAGGUUUGGGGGAUAUGGGUUUAAUGUAUGCCAAGAGGAUAGUGAAGGCUGGGUGGAAAAGAGUAAAUGUGUGUGACCUGCCCGUACAUUACGAUCGUUUAAAAGAACAAUUAAAAGACUCUGGCUUAAAUGUGCUUCGUGACGGGUAUGCCGUAUCAAGGCGAAGCGAUUUCAUAAUUUAUUCCGUCGAAGCUGAAAAUAUCGAUAAGGUGGUUGCAAUGUAUGGACCUUCUACGAAACUUGGUGCCAUUGUAGCUGGUCAGACGUCGGUUAAAGAACCUGAGAUACGAGCUUUCGAGAAAUAUCUCCCCGAAGAUAUUCACAUAGUUUCAUGUCAUUCUCUACAUGGGCCUACCGUAGACUCCCGGGGGCAGCCAUUGGUCAUGAUCAAUUAUCGGGCUUCUCCAGAGAAAUUCGGUGUCUCUACUCGUGUGCUAUCAUGUUUAGAAUCACAGAUCGUAGAAUUGACAUACGAAGAACAUGAUCGCAUUACGGCUGAUACCCAGGCUGUGACUCACGUAGCUUUCUUAAGCAUGGGAACCGCUUGGAAAACUCAAAAACAAUUUCCAUGGGAAACACCACAAUAUACUGGUGGAAUAGAGAAUGUCAAGGUUCACAUGGCAAUGCGAAUUUACUCAAAUAAGUGGCACGUUUACGCUGGACUGGCAAUCAUGAAUCCAAAAGCCAGGUCACAGGUUAAACAAUAUGCGCAGUCUGUGUCAGAUUUAUUUAAGUUAAUGAUUCAGGAAAAAGAAGAAGAAUUUACGAAUCGCGUGAAAAUGGCGGGUGAAUAUGUUUUUGGUAAAUUUACGGAUUCACCGCGAGAACCGAUAUUGCUGUCGGACUCUCUCUUAGAUGAAUUCUCAUUAUCGAGCGUUCCAAAAUCUCAGAGAAAACCAAAUUCACAUUUGUCGUUAUUGGCAAUGGUGGAUUGUUGGUAUAGGUCCGGAAUUAGACCAUAUGAACAUAUGGUUUGCCAAACUCCUCUAUUUCGACUUUGGACGGGUAUUGCCGAAUACCUAUUUCGCAACACUGAAAUGUUAGACGAAGCCAUCCAAUCGGCAUUAUACAGUAAAGAUAUUAGAGCAGAUGACAUGGAAUUCUACAGUGCAUCUAAAGGAUGGGCGGAGUGUAUUGAAAUUGGUAAUAUGGUGACAUACCAAAAACGAUUCGAGGACACUGCAAAGUUUUUCGAACCCAG